AUGUUUCUCAAUAAUACAGAUUUGAAACACUACGAUAAGAAUAAUAUUUCCGUCGAAGGUUCUGUACAUCAGAAUGAGUCGUCAUCCGCUGGUUCAGGGAGCUAAAAACUCUUCCAGGUUAGUCUCAAAAUACCCCAAUACAUGUAGAAAAUUAGUGCUUAAUCCCCUAAUACGUGGCACGAGAAAGCAAAUCCUCGGCAAACGAUGGCAGAAUGCGUGCUUCCGAGCAGCAGCAGCGACGUCAACAAUCAUCACCGGGCAGACAAAUUGCUGGAGAAGCUGGGCUUCAUUCGGGGUGGGCGAGUGACGAGACGCAUGCAAAACGUCGUCGACGGUGUCGUUUCCGAGACUAGAACCCGACGAGGAGUGUCGAGUCCGAAUGAGCAAUUAGCUGAAGUGCUGGCUGACGUCGACUUCUCGACGCGACGUGCGCAACAGCGGAGAACUGUUCUGGCUAAACUCGGACUCCGAGGAUCCGGGAAUGACGAUGAAGAAGGAAGCUGUGCUAACAAGAAACCAGGCGAAGACUUGAAGCCACCGAAGCCAUCCAAAGUUGGCCAGUCUGUGAGGGACAAACUGAGAGCAAAAUUCAAUUGUGCACCAGAUGAGGAAGACGAGGAAUGCUUCAAGCCCAUGCAAAGCACUCGGAUUGACAAUGUUGUGCGAUCAGGAGUUUCCACUGCAGCCACUGUUGACCUGAGGACUCUGAUGAGCAGCAAAAUCGGUGGAUCUGCUUCUUCCGGAGGCGACUUCGAUCACUUCAGGAAUGUGUUCUACCUGGUGGAGAGCGUCCCAAAAUUUGUCGAGGAAUACAACUUCGUUAUGCAAACCCUGUUCCACUGUCCCAAGAUGCCUUCUACUCAGUUCUACGAAGGACUCGUCCGGUUUGGAAUCGAGGACAAGGUGCAGUAUUUCCGCAUGUCUGACAAGGAGCGGGCCACAAUUUGGGAUGGCUGGACUGAAGAAGGGCCCAAGAAACCCAGAAGACGCGCCGAAAUUGACUUUUUCAACCUCGUCACUGAUCCUUCAGUCACUAAUGGAGCAGUGUUGAAAAUGCCGCACCCGGAAAACAGAGUCGUGUUGCGAGGAGCGAAUCUAAUCAUUGAUUCCAGAAACACUGAACAUCAUUUCUAUGCUCGAGUUUUCUCCAGAGGCUCCGGGAAAAACAAUGUUGUCAACAAUAUUGUAUUCAACAAGUUGACAAAACGAGUCGAAAUGGACUCAGAUGUGAGGAAAACGCAUUUGCCUGACCGAGGACCGAAUGAAAACACAGAAUUUUGUGAUGAUGAACUUCCACCACUCUCAGUUGAAGAUGAAGAUCCAUUGGCUGCUUUCCGCUGUCCAGGUUCUAAGCGACCCCAAUCAUUAAUUUGUAAUUACUAGGACACAGCAAACAAUUUCUGUCGAUCUUAUUUUAAUCCUCGUUUCAUUGUUAUCCUUCUUUCGAAUCUUUCCUUUUUUAAUCCUGCUGAUAUUAUCCAUUUUUCAGUCAUUCUGCGAAAGUCUUUUCAGAGAAUUCGUGGUAUUCUGAUGAAAUUGUUCAUUGCCAGGAAUGAAGGCUCAUAUUUCAUUUUCUC